AUGGAAGAUGAACAUAACACCACGUACAUAACUCUGGGUGGACACCUGGAGCUGCACACGUUCAGAUAUCUUUAUUUCCUGGUCAUGUUCACAGCGUAUGUCCUCAUCAUCUGCUUCAACGUCUCCAUCGUGUGUCUGAUCUGUGUUCAUAAAAGUCUCCAUGAGCCCAUGUACGUCUUCAUCGCUGCUCUGCUGCUCAACUCGCUUGUUUUCAGUACCAACAUCUACCCAAAGCUGCUGCUGGACUUUCUGUCAGACACACAGGUCAUCUCUUAUUCGCUCUGUCUCUUUCAGUUUCAUGUAUAUUAUGCCUCAGCCGGCUCAGAGUUUCUGCUGCUGGCGGCCAUGUCCUACGACCGGUAUGUGUCCAUCUGUCGGCCUCUGCUGUAUCCGACCAUCAUGAGGAAGUCGACCGUCAGCAUUCUGCUGGUGUUGGCUUGGCUGCUGCCCGUCUGCAGCGUGGCAGUCCCUGUGUCGCUGAGCGCUGACAUCCAGCUGUGUCGUUUCUCUUUAGAUGCGGUUUAUUGUAACAACUCCAUCUACAGUCUUGACUGUGUGAGCUCCACAGUUCGGUCUGUUUAUGGGUUGCUCGGUCUGACGCUCACGGCUCUUCUCCCUCUGCUCUUCAUCGUCUUCACCUACAGCAGGAUCCUGAUGAUAUUGUACAACAGCGGUAGAAACAUCAGGAGGAAAGCUGCUCACACCUGUUUUCCCCAUCUGCUGGUUCUGCUCAGCUUCUCCUGUCUGUCUGUCUUUGAUGUUACUAUAGCUCGACUGGGGGCAGAUUUACCUAAAGCUGCACAUUUGGUCAUGAGUUUACAAGUUAUUCUAUAUAAUCCUCUGUUGAAUCCAAUCAUUUAUGGACUGAAGAUGAAAGAAAUCUCUAAACAGCUGGAGAAGCUGUUGUAUCGAGUCACAGUGAACUGA